AUGCUCACAACUACAUUUUUAUCCAAGUUCUUAAGUGGUGAUCCCAAGUUGCUGAAGGCGUUGGAUUUGGAUGGAGCUAAAUUGGACAACAUCCCAAAGCAAGUCUUCAAACUAUUUCAUCUCAGGUAUCUUAGUUUUGCAAGAACUGGAGUUAAAAUUAUUCCAAAAUCUAUUGGGAAGCUUCAAAACCUUGAAGCUAUAAAUCUGAGACGGACCAAUGUAACAAAGUUGCCUGUGGAAGUUCUAAAGCUAAGAAAACUCCGUUUUCUUAGGUUUGGCGGAUGGGGAGAUUAUUCAAAUGACUAUGCAGUUUGGGGCUGUAAAUGUCCACUUGGAAUUGGAAAGCUUAUUUGUUUGGAGGAGCUGUAUGGUAUAGAAGCAGAUAGUGAUAAAAUAGUAAGAGAGAUUGGAAGCCUAACGCAAUUGCGGCGAUUAGACAUCACAGGGCUCAGAAGAGAAGAUGGAAAGGAGUUGCUCUCCUCCCUCUUGAGGCUGACCAACCUUCGAGAUUUGAUCAUCUCCUGUAUUGAAGAAGAUGAGACCCUUGAUCUCCAACAUUCCGUCUCUCCAAAACUUGAAUUCCUCACAUCUCUGUUAUUGAAUGGGCGUUUAGAGAGAGUGCCGCAAUGGGUGACAUCACUUCAAUCCUUGAGAACCUUACGGUUGUUCAACAGUAGGUUGAGAGAAGAUGAGAAUGUAAUAGGCUCCCUCGAACAUUUGCCCAAUCUGGUAUCACUUAGUCUCUAUGGUGCUUAUGAAGGGGAGACAUUAUGUUUCAAGGUUGGAGGAUUUCAAAAACUCCAGUGCUUAGAGCUUGCACAAUUGAAAAGACUGAAAUGGGUGAGAGUGGAAGAGGAAUCAGUGCCUAGUCUCAGAAGUCUACAAUUAGUUGGUUGUAAACUGAUGCAGGAGUUGCCUGCAGGCACCCAAAACUUGACCGGACUUCAAUUUCUUGGGUUCCUUGAUAUGUCUGAUGAGCUGAUGCACAAAGUACAGAAUUUGGAUAAACAAAGUGAAGAUUAUCAGACAAUUUCUCAUAUCCCUCAAGUUUUCACUGGUCACUGGAUUAACGGUCGGUGGGAACCCAAGUUCCUCUAA